AUGCGAUUAGAAAUACCCGACCCUCUCCCUAACGAUGCACGGCUCGAUGCUAUAAGAGACGAUUUCGGCUUGUCUUUUUUCUUCCCUCCUUUUUUUUUUGUCUUUGUUUUGGGAUUCAGUGUUGGGGUUGUUCAGCUUUUUUUCGUUUCCUUUCAUGUAAUUUUCUUUCUUUUUUUUCUGUCUUUCGUACGUUUUGUUUUCUUAUCUCCACCCAUUUCUUUCUUUCUUUCUUUCUUUCUUUCUUUCUUUCUUUCUUUCUUUCUUUCUUUCUUUCUUUCUUCUAAGUACAUAUUUUCUCACGUGUACCUUUGUUUAUUUAUAUAUAUCUAUCUAUUUAUCUAUCACAAGCUGUUCAUAUUCAUCAAUCUAUCUAUCUAUCUAUCUAUCUAUCUACAUAUCUAUCUAUCUAUUUCAGUCUCUUCCUAUCUAUCUAUCUAUCUAUCUAUCUAUCUUUUUCGAAAAAACAAACAAACUAGAAAACUGCUUUAA